GAGCGGCUCCAGAUGGUCACUCUGGGAGAUCGAGUGGACUAGAUCGUACUCUACGCCGACUAACAACCCGAACGACCCCAAGAACUUCACAAUCCCGGGUGAGCAGUGGCAGACUCGACCUCCCGAACCUCGUGACCAGGGACUUCCUGAUGGAGAUCGUCGUGGAGGCCUCAGCGAGCGCAUGUCGGUCCCUUCUUUCUCUGCUGAUAAUGGGGGAGACGAGCUGGGUCAGUCAGCUCGGAGUUACAUCCGUCAAAUAGACGCAUGGGUCAGAGUUACUCGAACACCCGCUGCCCAACAAGCCAUCCUCCUAUAUCAAAAUCUCAAGGGGCGCGCUUGGAUAGAAGCGGAGGAACUGGAGGUCAAAGACCUUUGCGCGGCGGACGGCGUGGACAAGUUCAAGGCCUGGAUCGCCGAGCGCUACCAAGAGAUGGAGGUUGGAAAGAUCGCCGAGGCAUUGAACGGCUUCUUCAAGAAACUGCGCCGUGGUCCAAAUCAAUCUGUAAGAGAGCUCAAUGCAGCCUUUGACCGCUCCUAUGCCAGGCUGGUCGAAAUCGAGGUCGAAAUCGAAUGCCGACUUCCUGAGACGGCUCGUGCUUGGGCUUAUCUUAGUGCUCUUUCUCUUUCCCACUCGGAGGAGUUGGCCAUCCUCGGGAGCGUGAACAAUGGGUUCGUCUGCAGCAGACUACAGCACGCAGCGGUACUUCAUGAGAAGAGCCUACGGCGUCCGUGGGACCUGAAGGAUAGGCCGAAGCCGUGGGAACGAGGAAACCGACCUACCAAGGUGAACAGUGCGAACGCGGUCGAGGCUAUACCCGAGGAGGACGAGGACGAUGGUGAGGACCCCUCCGGCGUGGAACCGGAGAACGCGGACGAGGCAGAGCUUUUUGAGGCUUUUAUGACCGCAAAGGCGCAGUACAAAGAGGCCGUGCGGAACAGGAACCUGGAGCCCGACGAGGUCCGGAAGGCGAUCGACAACAAGAUCCAGAGUGCCAAACAGCGUUCUUUUUGCAGUGUGUGCAAACAGCGUGGUCACUGGUAUCGCGACCCCGAAUGUCCCGGAAAACCGCCCUCCUCCAAGGACUCCAAGGAGAACAACGUCACCCACACCGCGAACAUUUCCAACGAGGUCUUCAUGACGAGCGGCGUCCUCAGCGAGAACCUCAUGGCCAUCGCGGAUAGCGCGCGCACAAAGUCCGUGGCUGGCACUUCAUGGCUUCAACGGUACAUCGAUGUCUUGAAACCCUUCGGAGUGGAAGUUCCGCUGCUUCCGGAGAAUGAUAACUUCAGAUUCGGGGCUUCGCGGAUCUACUCCUCGAGCUAUGCGGCUGUGGUUUCCUUCAGGGUCGGGAGUUGCUGGGUCAUGGUAAAGGUGUCCAUCAUCCAUGGCGACCUACCACUCCUAUUGAGCCGCUCUGUUUUGGCCGAGCUUGGAAUGAUUUACAACCUCAAGGAGCACAAGGCGGACUUCGAGAAGGUCAGUGUGAAGGGCCACCCCUUGAUGACCACGCCGACGGGUCAUCCUGCGAUCAGUGUUCACCCUGGAGGACAAGGGAUCCCUUCAGAAGCACAGCCCAAGAUGUGGGAUGCCAACAGGUGCAUCCGUGGAGAAGUCGUGAUCCUUCCCGGCUUGGCGGCAUACACAGCAGAAUGCAGUGGGGAAGGGGAGUGUCAUGAAGUUUUCGUGGCAAGUAAUGCCUGCUCCGAGAGCCAAGCACCUCGUGAACAACCUCCCCAGAUUUUCUAUGCCAAGAAGAUCCCUCCCGAAGUGAAGAACAUCCUUGUCAGUGAGAACGUGUCUGUAGAUUCCGUUGUGAAGUGGUGGAACAAGUCGCGUAUUACAUCAGACUUCUGGAUAGAGACAAAAUCCUCUAUGAUCAGAGUUCAUGUCUUCCUCUGGCAGUUGAUCUCUGGGAAGUUUCUGCAGGAAUAUCCAAAGCUUGUCACCAAUGCCUAUGGAUCGGCCGAACAGUGUUCAAUCGUAGACCGAUUGCCCCAAUUCGACCUCCUCCUGUCAUCUCUGGGCAUGUCGACCCGUCCAACAUGGCAGAUGAACAAGACGGAACUUCUUGCCGAGGCGACCAGACUGGGCCUGAACCCGACGCCGAGGUGGACAAUGGAGGAGAUUCGCAGCGCGAUCAUGGAAUACAAGAACAUGGACGAGGAGGACAACGGGAUGCCGAAGGGCCUCUCCGGGAUGAGGUUGGCACAACUCAAGGCGGAGGCGGACCGCAUCGGUCUGUCCUACGGAAGCAAGACGACCCGAACAACUCUUAUCCGCCACAUCCGCGACUACCACGAGACCCCGGACGACACGGUGAUGCAGAUCGGGAAAUUCAAGGGGAACGCCUACUACCAGAUCCCACGUCAGUACGCGGAAUGGGCGGACAAGGAGGAGAAAGAGAACCGCAACAAUAUGAGUCCAGACCUCAAGCGGUUCGUGUUAUGGUACCGGAAGAAGAUCGAGGAGACCAAACCGAGGACGGGACCAACUCGCCGCCAGAUGAUGGAGGAGCCGGAGCGCUACGCGAAGGUUCCGUACCCGGGAUCUUCGACGGGAUCGCAGUCCUGGGAGGAAGUGUCCGCGAUGAGCAGGGACGAUGCCGACCAGAAGCCGGUGAUUCCUACAGGUCGGCCCCCGGCGAGCGCGAGCUUGGCCUCACCCCUGAAGCUUUCGGCGGACCGUCCCAAUACGAAGGAGCGGAUGGCUGUGGAAGCGUCGCCCCAGGUCCUGGAAGAGAUCAAGGCUUUGGAACAACGACUGGCGGUGUUGAAGGACCUUGCGGAUGAGGAGAAGCUCCCCGAUGAAGGCAAUGAGGGCGACUCGGAACAAUGGUCGGAUUUGGAAAAUGAUGACUAUGAUGCCGAGGUCCUUCUCUCAGAACACAUCGAGAAACACUUGGCCAAAGCUAUGGCCGAGAAAGACUACUCCUCUUCCACCUUGAACUCCAUCCUGGAAGAGAUCUUCGGUGUCAAUGGCGAGCGUUUUCCUCGACGAGGAGCCCGAGCACGACCCAGGGCAAUGGGAGAUGAUGACACCGGGGAACACAAGAUCGUGCUAGGCUACUACACCUACGGCAAUAUGCGGGGGAUCUGUGCAAAUACUUCCAAGUUCGCUUCCCUCUGCCUGUACCUGAAGAAUACUUCCUGGACAAGGGAGAACGCCGACGCCUACGCCAAUGGGGUUUUCAGCUUCAUGACCUACGACAUCUUGACCUACGAAUACUACCCCUACGAGAUCCCCGUCGUGCCCGUCCUACAAACCGAAAAGGAGCACCAGAAAGAGUUUGUGGCGCUCCGCUACCAGGGCAAGCGCCUUCCUGACUUGGUCGCUAGCAUCUAUCACCUCAGCUUCGGCAACCUUUGCAACUACAUGAUCGACAUGUCUAACCAGCUCCGACCUUCCAUGAUUUGGAUGCACCCCCCGGAGGACUCCGAGAUGGACAACGAGAAGAAGUUCUUUCCCUGGUUGAGGUACUCGAUCUAUGUGGGCGCUGGCAGGUCAAUCAACAUGGCGUGUGUUGUGGAGGACAAUGAGAAGGCUGCGGAACGAUCUGAGGUGGACAAAUGGCGUGAAGGAGCAGCAAGAAGGAUCUGGUGCGGCAUCUACACCACGCAGGGGCCCAAGAGCGCUCGUCCUUCUGCAGAGCCAAGACUGCUUGAAUUUGGAGAUGUUGUUGGAGUCGACAUGAUGUAUGCCUACGACAUCGAUGGGAAAAAGAUCAAACUGUUCUCUAUUGUUGAUCAUGCUUCCUCCUAUCAAGUAGUGGUCCAAGUUCCCAAACAAACUGGCACCGUACUCGAGAAGGCUUUCAUCAAGAACUGGGUGCAAAUCUUUGGCGCUCCCAAGGUGAUCACUCUGGACCUGGAACGCGGGAUCCAGGAUGCCUUCAGUCGGCUGGCGGAUUGGUACCACGUCGAGCUGCGAACAAGCGAUGGACAGGCACAUUGGCAGUCCGGCUUCACAGAGCGACAUGGAAAGUGGUGGAAGGAGAUAUUUGGUCGUGUAGUACAAGAACAAACUGUACGAGGAGAAGAAGUGGAAGAAGCUAUUGGCGCAACUACUUCGGCUAAGAACAAUCUACGUCGUCGUUGUGGAUGGGCUCCAUGCCAGAUCGUCUUUGGCAAAAAUCCCAGGGAUGACGAGGACUUGCGUUUCGAGGUCGAAGAAGGAGGUGGGCAACUUCUACGUUCUCCUGACGAAGCCCAGCAUCGUCGAGAAACCCUUCGAAAUGCCGCAAGGAUCGCCUUUUACCAGCCCAGAACAGAGGACAAGAUGAGACGUGGUAUGUCACAGAAGUCACGCGUCAAGCCUCGAGACCUCGAAAACGGUGCUAUGGCGUUCUUUUGGAGAAAACCAUCAAACAAAAAGAACGGCCUUUGGAAGGGCCCCGGGAUCAUCAUCGGACGCCAGGAAGAUAACUACUGGGUAUCCCAUGGCGGCCGUUGCUAUACCUUUGUGCUCCAGAGCACCUGCGACGAUCUUCUGCGGCUGGUGGAAAACAGCUACGACGACCCCGAGGCUUUCCCCGGAGACGAUAUCGCAGCGGAGGAGGACGCCUUCCUGGACCAGAUCCUUGAGGACCUCUCUAUGCCCGAGGACAACGACGAAGUCCCCGAAGCCCAAGCCAUGGACCUCGAGAACGGCGACAUGGAGGACGGCGGUGAUGACGCUACUACAAAUAGCGGCUUCAAGGAUGUAUUCGGACUCAUCGACAGCCCGAGGAAGUGGUGGAAGAAGUUCAAGAAAGACAUCCAGGAGAUCGUCCUGACGCUUCCCUCCGGCAACAAAGCGAAGUUCUACGCCUCAGCUCUUGAUCCUUGUGUGUUCCAACUUGUCGAGCUCGGCAAAGAUGGAGAAAGAGGUGAUGGACCCCCUAUCUGUUACGCAGCGGUCCACGUCGACGACAUCCUCCUGGUCGGAAAUAAACAGAUUCGAGAAACUGUCCAAGAACAGCUGUCCAGCUGUUUUCCUGUAGAUGAAUGGGAACAGGACACCUUCGACUUCAUCGGAUCCCACAUCGAAACGAGGCCAGACGGCAUUUUCAUCUCACAGUCCUCCUACGCGGCGAGCCGACUCUUUGAGGUGGAAGUGGACCCCAAGGAUGCCGAGGACAAGCCUGCUUCGGCCGAGCAAAUCACAGACAACCGCUCUUUGGUGGGAGCUUUAUCUUGGUUAUCCUCCCAGACAAGGCCAGAUUUGGCAUGCGGAGUUUCUAUGUGUCAGCAACUCCAGGCGAGGCCCACAAUCGGAGACCUUCGUUUCUCCAACCUUAUGGCUCGCCGCGCCCUACAACACCGAGACGAAGGAAUCCUUCUUGCGCGAGUGCCCCUUGACGACAUCGUGUUCACUGUGUUCCACGACGCUGGAUGGAGCAACGCCCCGGACUCCAAUGCCGAUCCGAUCUACUUCCUCUACAGCGAAGAUGAACAGAAUGGACUGAUCGACGAAGGACCGUGGACUACGAAGGCGAGGAAGACGAAGAAAAAGAACUCUUCGGUGGCCUCACAGCUGGGAGCCCUGGUCAUGAUACAUGGUCGUGAUGCCCUUGGACCUACCGGGGGACCUUCGAGUAUCCUGGAGUGGCGGUCCCAUGCCUGCGAUCGAGUUUGCCGGUCUACUUUCGGUGCAGAGACAAUGGGAUGUAUUGAAGGCAUCGAGUUAGCACAGUAUGUCAGGGCGAUGUUCGACUCUUUCUUGACGGGCAAGAUCUCACGCGAUGUUGGAAAGCGUUUUCCCCUUCUUGCGGUAACAGACUGUCGGUCGCUGUACGACCACAUGCACAAGGAUGGACUGCCCAGGACACCAUCCGACCGUCGGCUUGCGAUCGACAUCGCAUGCCUCAGACAAAGCCUGGAUGAAGAACGUCCCGACUACGAUGACGCACAAGCACCCCUCAUUUGGGUUCCUACUCAUCUCCAACGUGCAGACAUAUUGACGAAGCCCCGGAAAGCUUCGGACUGGUGGCCCUCCAUGGGUCACUUGUCGUUCCCCCUGAAGGAGGGGUGGCCACUUCCCAUCGACACGCUGCAGGAUCCGAUUGCACCGUUUGGCACGAGCUAUGCUGGCGCCGUCCUGCGGGUGCAGAUAUCCGACAUCUCUGUCUUCGCCAACUCGAAGCUUUUCGGGAGUCUGCUCUCCAUCGGGGAUGCGGCCACUGGAGGAUCGGCUUCUGCCUCUAGCAGGGCGGCGCAAAGCUUGUGCUUCACCUGCACGGUCUUCGAUGGCCAGCGUCUCUUUGCAAAAUAUUGCAAAAUGCCAACGCGGACGUAA